UUGACAAUCUGAAUUUUGACAUACCUACUACAUUGGAUCUCGAUCUCAUUAAAAUUUUCUUUUUUUACGUUUGCUCAGAUUUUUACGUUAUUUUAUAUCUUUUAUACCAUGUUGUGCAUUAACCAUUAGUUACCAAGGCGUUUUUUUAUAAGUGGUUAAAAUUUAUUUCUUUAUUUACAAAGUACAAACCAUGUUCUAAAGAAACUUGUUUCCAGUGUCAUUUGCUGACUGAAAAGGUGAAAGUGAUAUUAGAUAGGUAUGGCUUGUGCAGAAGUGCAUCCUGAUAAUAUGGAAUCUGAAAGGGAAGAAGGUGAAAUUGUAGACGAGCUUGAUGAUCUAUCAGAUAUUUCGUCAGAGGAAGAGUUUUUACUACGACAAAGGUUAGAAAUUCUGGAGAACUACAACAAUGUCCUUGAAAGAAAGGAGGCUAAAAGGACAUCCCUGGGCACAGGUAAGCCAAAUAAAACAAAACCAUCAUUUUGGCAAGACUUUACAAAAGUAAUAGAUGAUAAAAAUGAUUCUAAAACACAAGAAGUGUAUAGAGUUACUCGAACUGAAAAAUAUCUAAAAAAAACUAAAAAGCUAAAAGAACAACCAAAAGACAGUGUGCCCAUAAAAAAUAACAGAAAGAAAUAUACCCGCAAUAAAAAAGUUCAUCCAAUGAAAGUGGUAAGUGAAACCAGUGAAGAUUCAGAAGAUGAUGAAUACAAGAAUAAACGGCGAAAAUUAGCUGAUGCUGUCACUCUUAACAAAAAUAAAGUAGACACAAGUUCAUUAAAAGAUAGACUUGCCAAAAUGCUAAAUUCCAAACCGACAAAAACUACAGAUUCUUUUAUUAUUCAAAAUUCUAUAAUACUCACGGGCCCAAGUACAAAACCGGUUCAUAAACCUAGUUUGAAAGCGAACUCAAAAAUUAUGUCAUUGAAUAAUGAUUCAACAGAGAAUACACAUCCACUUGUAUUGAGUGACAUGAUGGAUACAGAUGAUGAUGUAAAGAUUAUUGAAACUGUUGGUGAAGAUUCACAUGAUACUGUGGAUGCUGGAAAUGUAGAGAAGAAGAAAGAUGUGCAGCUUAAUGAUAGUGGGGCAAGUACUGAUGAAGAUAUAGAGUCACUGAGGCAGCUCGCUUUAAAAACCAAAUCUUCCAAACUGAAGAUAGCUCUUCCUGAUGUACAAAACAUUGUUGCAAAUAAACCCGAGUCAGAAGACGAAGACAGUGAUACUGCUGAGUUGAGGAUGAUAUGUUUAAGGUCAGCUUUGUUAAAAAAAGCAAUAGAGAUGAAAAAGAAACAGAAAUUGCAGAAACGGUUAUCCCAAAAUUCAAUUAUGGAAGACAGUUUAUAUGAAAAUUGCAAUAAUGAUAGGAAUGAAAAUGAGAAUAAUACAGAUAUUGAGAAUGUUGAUAUGGAGAUUGGUUCAGAUGGAGAUGAGAAAAGCAAAGAUGGCUGUGAUAAUAAUAUUUUUCAUGAGUAUGAUGUUAAGAACUUAAAACAAAGUACAGGUUCAGUUAUAUUAACCAAAGAGGAUGAAUUGGAAGAAGAUGAAGAUUUGUUACGAGCAAAGUUAUUGACCUCUUUAAGUAAAAAUCUUCCUAAUCUAGUUGAUAUUAAUACAUUCACUAAUAGUGAAGUUGAAGUUGCAAGAGAAGUAACUAUUAAGCCAAAAACAGAAGUAGUGAAUAAAAUAAACAUACCAGAGGAUAAGAAAUUUAUCAUUGAGCUCGGUGAUUCAGACUCCGAAGGUGAACACGAAGCUACGAAAAAUUUGACUAAAAUGCACAUGAAAUUGGCAGAACAAACAGAAUUUCAACAGAAACUUGAUCAGUUUUUGAAAUCUACUAGAUUGGAAGUUGAGAAGAAUGCCUUGCCAGAUGUUGUUCUACCUCAAGCUCCGACAAAACCACCACAGAAAUUUGUUCCAAAGGCAAUGAACCAUUUACCGAAGUCGGAACAAAUUGAAUACAGAAACUUAGUGAAAAGAAUGGCAGAAUUGGAAAAAUUAAAACAGGCGAGACAGCUCUCUUUGAACAAUUUUAAUAAGCCUAGUAGCAAAGAAACACUAAAACCCAGAAAUAAUUCUGUUAAUAACAUGGAGAUGUCUGCAAAGAAAUUAGAAGAAAAGAUUGCUACAUCAAGAAAAAUGAUAGCCGAGGAAUCAGCUAAAAUGCUUAAACUAAAAGAGGAAGCAACAAAGUUAUCUCAAAGGUAUAAGAUAGUAUCAAAUGAACUGAGAAAUAUUACGACGGCAAUCACGCUCAAUAAGAAGCAACAAAGAAAUGUACAGAAUGGAUUAUCGAAAAUAAGACUGCAUCAUCAAAUGCUUUUGAAGAGCUCAACCACACUCAAACAUUCCAUACCCCAUCCGCCUUCCAAUACCGCUAAUAAAGUAAUUAAUAGUACUAAAAAACAAAAAGAAAACGAUCCAUUAGUUAAGGAACAUAAAAACCCCACUAUACUGAAAUCAGUAAAAGUCAGUGUAAUAAAUGAUUUAAAUAAGGAUACGCCUACAAAUAAUCCUCGAUUGUCGGUUGAGAUUGACGUCAGUAGCAAUACGAAAGUGGUAAAAGCAAAUACGCCGACCAAAGAGAGAACUGUAGAUUUCCAAAAGACUGAAGACCAUAUCGGUGAAUUUAGUAAUCCAGCUACGAAAAGUGGGGGGAAAAUAGAUGAGGAAAGAAAUAAAAAUGAAUGUCAAGUUAAAGACUACACGUCUCCACUGGAUGCUCUGGGAAGAACAGAUUGGAAAGAAGACCCGAACGCUUUCCUGUGCCCCUUCGAAGUUGGCGGCACGUGCAGGGACACUGACUGCAAAUUCCUACACUUAAAGUCACACACUCAAUGACAUUAUACGAAAACACACAGACACACGCUACGCCACAGAAACAAACACAAAAGACACACACACUCUCCCUUUUCCCUGUAAAUUGUGCCAACUUCAACCGUCGACGGAUCCUGCGUUCGAGUGUAAAGUAUUAAACGAUUUGUUUAAAUGCUACAUGCAUGCGUUGGGAGUCUGAGUCGACUUGUUUUUCGUGUUUCAUUUGCAAUAUUAGAUUGUGGUUUAAUGCUUUUCGUAUUUGUAUCACUGGAAUGGGGCAUUUGUUAUAUCGCAACACGGUGAAAUGUAAAUGAUUUUCAAAUUUACGCGAAGUGUUUCGUGUUAUAAGUAUUUACAUUUUGCCUUGCAUCCUGAAAACACCUGAUUCACUAGUAGUUCGUAAAUUACAUCAAAAUUAUGCCUUUUCAAAGUAUUUUCUACACCAAUUUAUUAUAUAUUUAGUUUUAUUUUAUUCAUUAUUUAUGCAAUUUCUAGUUGGCGAGGCAUGCGCGGGUUCGCCCUUCUCCGGCUGUGGUAAGUUUUAAAUAGUGGUUUUGUAGUGAUUAAGACUCUUGACUGGCAUCCGCCAUCCGUACAGUGUUUCGACGCGCACCGAAUGGUAAACUGUUGUGAUUGUGUUAUUUAAUUUAUAAUUAUACAAAAUAUUAUACAUAAAAAUGUACAUAAUGUAAAAAGUUUUAACAAUA